AUGGUCGUUAAGGCUUCACCAGUAAAAGAAGGCGAUCCAACCUCUCCGUGGAGGCACAACAGCACGAAAGAUGGUCAAUUAGUAAGCCACUUAUUUGAAGGAUGUCAUACGAUCGCUGAGCAAUGGAAUGAAUGUGUACGGAGAUAUGGAGAUCUCGAUUGCCUCGGAACCCGGGAAGUAUUAUCGAUUCACAAGGAGAAGCAAAAGAGCGGAAAGAUCUUUGAAAAGGUCCUCAUUUAUGAUUUCUCGCACUCAAUAAAUUUUCUGACUUGUUAA